CGGCAGCACAUAUUGAUCACACGGGCAGGCGGACCUGUGUGUAUGUCGCGACGACGGUGCGAUCCGGUCAGUCAGCGCGCAGUUACAGCGUUCGGGUAGCGUGCGAUCGGUGUGGUCGGUGUGGCACGGACGGUGUGGCGCUACGACGAACUGCGUGCACGAUUCCGAACGAGUGGGGUGUGCGCACGGAUAUCGGCCUAACGACACAGCAGACCGGCAAAUGUCGACGGACUCGACGGUGGUCGACCUGAACGUCGGCGGCGUGUUCUAUACGACCGCCGUAUCCACCUUGAUACAGUCCCAACCGUCCCUGCUGGCCGACCGAUUCAACGGGCGGCUGGACCCGUUGCCCAAAGACAGCAAAGGCCGGUAUUUCAUUGACCGCGAUGGCGUUUUGUUCCGGUACGUGUUGGAUUUCCUACGAGACGGCAAGCUGACGUUGCCCGAGAGUUUCAGGGAAAAGGAACGGCUCCGGCUGGAAGCCGCUUACUUCCAGUUAGACGGUCUGACCGAACGGCUCAAAGAACAAAAACCGGGCUACAUCACCGUCGGGUACCGCGGCACGUUCGCGUUCGGUAGGGACGGCCUGUCCGACGUGAAUUUUCGCAAGAUUCCAAGGAUACUCAUAUGCGGCCGAGUGGCUCUAUGCCGGGACGUGUUUGGCGACUCCCUCAAUGAGAGUCGGGACCCGGACCACGGGGAUACGGACCGAUACACGGCUAGAUUUUUCCUGAAACAUACGUCUAUCGAGCAGGCGUUUGACAUGCUCCAGGAACAAGGAUUUUACAUGGCCGGAAGUUGUGGUUCCGGUACAGCUGGAGGAACGUCCGCGGCCGAACUCAAGCCAGGGGUGGACUCGGAGGAGAGUCGCUGGAAUCAUUACAAUGAGUUUGUGUUUGUCAGAGAUUCCUGAAUUCCUCGCCCCUUUGCUGUACCAGACUAAAAUACUCUUUUGUAGAUAUUAUUCUUUUGACGGUUUCUUUUCGAGUUUUUAAUAAUAUUACCAAUUCAUUGUUAAUUUUUUAUUUUUAAAUCAUCGUUAUUGUCAUCGUCAUCAUUUUUAUCGUCGUUAUCCUAUUAUAUAUUAACAUAGUUUUUAGAAAUGUUAUAUUGGAAAAAAAUAAAUGGUUCUUAAACUCCAAGUCAAAUUCAUUAUGAUUUUGACAAUUUACGACAUUAUCAUAUUAAACGUUUUGGUCUAUUUUAUAGUAUAUUAUCAUAAUUAUCAUCAUCAAUUAUUAAUAUUAUUGUAUUUAAGUAUUAUACGUAUCUAAUUUUAUGAUGUAUUUAUAACAAAAUAAUAUUAUUGUAUUAAAAAGCGUCGUGCGUUUAGGAUCACAUAUUAAUGCGGACAAAUUUAUCCCUUUUACGUGCCGUUAUUUUUUCGACUUACGGUUUUAUGAUUUUUUUUUUUUAGAUGAACAUAGUCGUUGACAUCAAUGUCAUGCCAGUUAUAAGACUACUGUGUUAAUGAAUUCAUUAUUUUUAAUUACUUAUUUAUAAGGCAUUAUAAAAGACGUGUUCAAUACAUUUGGAAACACUUAACAUAUAUGAAUAUUCAUACAUUUUUUAUUCCAAACUUGUUAAUUGCUUUUUAAUCUAUAUAUUUGUACUUAGAUGCUCUAAAAUUAACAUUUAUUUGUGUAAGUAUAAUGGCUCGUUGUAAAAUUACUAUACAUUAAUAAUUGUAUAUCAUUGAAAAAAUGAUAUGAAUGUUAUUACUUAUGUUAAACUUUAAAAUUUAAUGAGUACACGAGGGCCGAGUAUUACUCGCGCCUCGUUAAAAUCAAACAUCUUCUUUUGUCUGUUUAUGACCAUUUUGUAUAAGUGUAUUCGAUUGGAAAUUAUAAAAUUUUUGAAAACGAGAAAAUAAACAUUACACAUAAUAUUAUUAAU